AUGAGUUUCAAAGGCUUUUCCAAGAGCCUGACUCGGGCACCUCAACAAUUCAAACACAAGUUCAAUAUUGGCGAACACACCAAAGAUGCUGUCUACAUCGACGCCGAGCGACGAUUCCAAGAGCUCGAGACCGAGACCAAGAAGCUCCACGAUGAGUCCAAAAAGUAUUUCGAGGCCAUCAACGGCAUGCUCAACCACCAGAUAGAAUUCAGCAAAGCCAUGACGGAGAUCUACAAGCCCAUCUCCGGUCGCAUGUCAGACCCCGACAGCAUAAAACCAGAAGGAAACCCAGAGGGAAUCCGCGCUUGCGAGGAGUACGAAGCAAUUGUCAAAGAGUUACAAGAGACGCUCGCUCCGGAACUGGAAAUGAUUGAGACUAGGAUCAUCCGUCCAGCUACCGAACUGCUCGACGUCAUCAAGGUCAUUCGAAAGACGGCCCUGAAGCGAGAACACAAAAAGCUCGACUAUGACCGCCACCGCGCCACUCUCAAAAAAUUACAAGACAAGAAAGAGCGUACUCCAAAGGAUGAAAAGGCCAUGUGGAAAGCAGAAGGUGACGUUGAGCAAGCGACACAAGACUACGACUAUUUCAACGACCUCCUAAAGGAUGAGCUACCGAAGCUUUUCGCCCUGGAACGAGAGUUCAUUCAGCCGCUGUUUCAAUCCUUCUACUACAUGCAGCUCAACAUCUUCUACACCCUCCACGAACGAAUGCAGCGCUGCGAUAUUGGCUACUUUGACUUGACUCGCGACAUUGAGGAAGCUUUUGAAGAAAAGCGAGGGGAUAUCCAAGAGCAAGCAGAGGCCUUGUCGAUUUGCCGAUUCAAGACCACCGGACGACCUCGACCGAUUCGAUAUGGCGCAAAACCAGCCCUCGAAGGCAGUAAACAACCAGGCCUCCUCACAGCCGGGCCGUCGUCUACUAGCGGUGCUACGAGCCCCAAGAUUGGUGGCUACGGGAGGCCCUCGAGUGAUUCCGAGGCCGCACCACCGCCUUAUUCUCCUGGAAACAAGGUAUCCCUGUCGACACUCGCGGCGGCCAAGUCAAAGCCUCCGCCACCCAAACCAAAGCCCAAGCGCCUAACGGCUGCACCGGCAGCAGAGACCGUGACGGCAUUGUACGACUACGCUGCCCAAGCAGAUGGAGAUUUGAGUUUCCGGGCCGGUGAUGUCAUUGAGAUUGUGAAUAGAACACAGAACGAGAAUGAGUGGUGGACAGGUCGUCUUAAUGGAAAGGAGGGCCAGUUCCCUGGCAAUUAUGUCGAACUAGGUUAA